GUGGAAAAAGAGGUGACGGCGGGGAGGAGAAUGGCAACGGGUCCAGCCCCCAUUUCGCUGCCCGGAGGUGGAGACGAGGGCGGGACUAUGCAAAUCACAGGCAGUAGAAGCCAAUUGACUGAAUCGGGCUUGGGUACUUAAUGUGUGAGGGGAAUUUUUUUUUUUUUGUGAGGGGGAGGGUAGUCCCCCCUCCGCUUUUUUGCCAAGCAGGCAGAAGGCCACAUUAAUUAUUAUUAUUUCUUCUUCUUCUGCCUCGCGCGCUCGUACGCGUCUGUCGAUCGGCCGGCACGCAGCAAGAACUUCGAAGGGGCAACCGUGCAUUUACACUCGGACAAGCGGCGAGAAAGGCAGCGAAAAGUCCAGUCAGCUGCUCCGCUGUAAAGAGAGUCCCACCCGGCUUAGCUGCCUUUGGAACCGGUUUGGCGGUGAAUCGAGCGUCUCUAUGGAUUGGAGGAGAGACCUACUCGGGUCCUGAAUUCGAAGUCCGGGAUUCCAGAAGGUGCUGCAGGACGCUUGGAGCAGCAGCACCGCUUCCAGUUUGAUCGGAGAAAGAGAGGGAUGGUGGAGGGACGCCGCUACCAGGACGGCUGGUGAGAAAUGCCCGUGUGGUGUCCAUAGCGGGUUUGCGCCUUUCUCUUUCCCUUCUGCUGUGGAGUUGGGAGCGGGAGCUUCUCGGAUCCUGCCGGCGAGCAGCCAAGUGACCCGCCUGGGAACCGGCUGAGCUGGCGGCAGCUUUUGCCCCUGCCCUGCCUCCAUCCAGAAAGAAAGACUGUUUAAGAAUUCUGCCUGGAUUUUGGAUCCACACCUCUCCCCAUCAUGCCCCUGGUUGGUUUUUUGCUCUGGGCAACUCUGCUAAUAGUGGGCUGGUGGCCAUCCUACUCCAAGGAGUACCUGUUUGCUACUCCACGGGUGCAGCUCACCUUCAAAGAGCUCAAGGCAACUGGCACUGCUCACUUCUUCAAUUUCCUGCUCAACUCAACAGACUAUCGCAUCCUGCUGAAGGAUGAAGAUCAUGACCGUAUGUAUGUGGGGAGCAAAGACUACAUCCUCUCACUGGACCUUCAUGACAUCAAUCGGGAGCCCCUAAUUAUCCACUGGCCUGCAUCCCAGCAAAGGAUAGAUGAAUGUGUCCUGUCAGGGAAGAAUAGCAACGGCGAGUGCGGGAACUUUAUCCGCCUUAUCCAGCCCUGGAACCGAACCCAUCUGUAUGUCUGUGGUACCGGAGCCUACAAUCCUGUCUGCACCUUUGUCAACCGGGGCCGUAAAGCACAGGCUUUUGAGCUGAACCAGUCCAUCCAGCAGGGAGGACGGGGAAGUAGAGCAGUUGACUCCUCCCUCCGCCCGUCUCCAGUGGAACGCAAGGAUUACAUAUUCUACCUAGAGCCAGAGAGGCUGGAGUCAGGAAAAGGGAAAUGCUCAUAUGACCCGAAGGUGGAUACCGUCUCUGCAUUAAUCAAUGAAGAACUCUAUGCAGGUGUCUACAUUGACUUUAUGGGCACUGAUGCUGCCAUCUUCCGCACCAUGGGCAAGCAAACAGCCAUGAGGACUGACCAGUACAACUCCCGCUGGCUAAAUGAUCCAGCAUUUGUCCAUGCGCAGCUAAUCCCAGACAGUGCUGAGAGGAAUGAUGACAAGCUCUACUUCUUCUUCCGAGAGAAAUCUACUGAUGCCCCACAGAGUCCUGUUGUCUACUCACGCAUUGGUCGCAUUUGCCUGAAUGAUGAUGGAGGCCACUGCUGUCUGGUGAAUAAAUGGAGCACAUUCCUGAAAGCGCGACUCAUCUGCUCUGUGCCGGGGCCUGACGGAAUUGAGACACACUUUGACGAACUCCAGGAUGUCUUCAUCCAGCAGACCCAGGAUGUGAAGAAUCCCAUCAUUUAUGCUGUUUUUGCUGCCUCCGGAUCUGUGUUUAAGGGCUCCGCUGUCUGUGUCUACUCCAUGGCUGACAUCCGUAUGGUCUUCAAUGGACCUUUUGCCCACAAAGAAGGCCCUAACUAUCAGUGGAUGCCUUACACGGGCAAAAUGCCCUAUCCCCGUCCGGGCACUUGUCCAGGAGGUACAUUCACGCCUUCCAUGAAAUCGACCAAGGACUACCCUGAUGAGGUUAUCAACUUCAUGCGCACUCACCCCAUGAUGUACAAUGGUGUGUACCCCAUACACCGCCAGCCACUAGUGGUGAGGACCAACGUCAACUACAAAUUCACAACCAUUGCCGUGGACCAAGUGGAUGCAGCUGACGGGCGCUAUGAGGUGCUUUUCCUAGGCACAGAUCGUGGCACUGUUCAGAAGGUUAUCGUUCUUCCCAAAGAUGACUUGGAAACCGAAGAACUGAUGCUAGAAGAGGUGGAGGUGUUCAAGGUGCCAGACCCCAUCAAGACCAUGACCAUCUCUUCUAAAAGGCAACAGCUCUAUGUGUCUUCAGCCAUUGGGGUGACACACCUGGCCCUUCACCGCUGUGAUGUGUAUGGAGAAGCCUGUGCUGACUGCUGCCUGGCCAGGGACCCCUACUGUGCCUGGGAUGGCAAGUCCUGCUCCCGCUACUCUGCUUCCUCCAAGAGGCGGAGCAGACGUCAGGAUGUCCGGCAUGGCAACCCCAUCCGUCAGUGCAGAGGCUACAAUUCCAAUGCCAGCAAAAAUACAGUAGAGGCUGUCCAAUAUGGAGUUGAAGGAAGUACAGCCUUCCUGGAGUGCCAGCCUCGCUCCCCUCAGGCCACUAUCAAAUGGCUGCUCCAGAAGGAUAACAGUGACCGAAGGAAAGAGCUGCGCACUGAAGGACGGGUGCUGAGGACGGAGCAAGGGCUGCUGCUGCGGUCCCUGCAGCUCUCCGAUGGGGGGCUGUAUUCCUGCACAGCCACGGAGAACAACUUCAAGCACACAGUGGCCAAGGUGCAGCUGCAUGUCCUGAGCAGCGAAACUGUCCACACUGUGCUUUUCCAGUCGGAGGCCCCGGCCCCCUCUGCAGCAGCCAUGCGAGCUGGCCUGCCGGGCACCUUCAGCUCCCACUACCAUGACCUGGUGCAGCUGCUCACCCAGCCCGAGAUGGGACUCAUCAACCAGUACUGCCAGGGCUAUUGGCGGCAUGUGGCCUCCAACCACAAGGAGACUCUGGCUGGCCUCAAAGCCAAGGAGCUGCAUGAUCAGAAGAAGCCUCGAAACCGCCGGAACCACCAGCCAGAGAUGGAUCAGCACACAUGAAAGUGACAGACUGACGACUCAAAGGGACUAUGUGAUGACAGUGCUAUAUUUCCCCCCAUUUUAAUAUUAAAAAUAUCUAUAAAUAUAUAUAUAUAAAUAUAUAUAUAUAUACACACACACACAUGCACACAAACACACACACACACACAAACAUGCCCCACUCCUCCUCAAGACAGUAUUUAUUUGUAGGUGUACAUAAUCUGUGGGCGAUGCGGUCUUGUCUCAUUGUGAGACAGCGAGGAGAUUGGAGAUGUCCUGUCUGGCAGCUUGGUCUUCCUUCCCCCUCUUUUAUCUGUGGUACUGUAAAAUAAUUCACAUGUGGGGAGGGGAGUGAGGGCAAGGGCAAUUUCUCCUCCGGUGUGGUCAGUCAAAGCACACAGCUGGUCGUUGGUAAGGAAGGAAAGGUGUAAGGAUGGGAAAGAUGGCAGAAGCUGAAAGCAAGGUGACAGUCCUGCUGACUCCAUUUCUACAAUAGGACACAGUGACACACAACAGUCCUGUGUGGAAUCCAUGAAUCCAGAAUGGCUGAGCAGAGGCCUUCAGACUGGGGCCAUCAUGGGCAAGUCUAAGACUUCUGUGCUACCACCAUUGAAAACAUCACUGCUUGGUGUUAAAAAGGCUGUUGUUAGGCACCAAGCAGAGUGAAGAUUAGAGCUUAUUUCCCUACCAGCUCCCCAAGAGGUGUAUGUAAGCCCCUGCCAUGCCUACAAAGACUGUAGCGCCCCCCUGCCCCCACAAUAAAUUUAUCUGCCUCAAAGCCCAUUCUGGCAGGACAUUCUCCAGUGUAAAGUACCUUGAGGCUGCACCUCUUAAGGAGCCUGAACCACUGAAGGGAGAAGGAAAUGCUUCAGCAAGAAUAUCCAUGCAUGUGCCCAUGCAGUGCUCCCACUGUUUCUAGGAGCAAACAAAUCCUACCAAUAGGAAGCCAAGGAACAAUGUUACAGUUUGGAAAUGAUUGCGCCUUUGCUGCUUGGCUGGCAAAAUGGCAUGCAUCUGCAAGAGGGACAGUCUGUGGAAAUUGUGAUUAAAAGGUAGAAGAUGACCAAUGGCAACAGAUACAACCCAAAGAGUGGGUGGAGUUGGCGGGCUUGCAUGUGUCAUUCUGUGGUUAUGGGGGAGAUCACAGGCACCUGGCUUUGUGGGGCUAGUAUGCUUGAUGGAUUGUGGCCAGUGUGUGGGGGCCUCAUGCAAGUGGGUUAUGCCAGGGAGCUGUAAUGUAUAUAUGAACCAAAGCUACUCUCCCAUAGUGUAUCAGAGACUUCCGAGGCCAAAGACAACAUGGGAAUGGAGGUGGCAGAGAGGACUGAACAUCAGUUAUAUAACCUUCAGAACACCUGGCUUCUGCUCUGUCAGCCCAUGGAUAAAUCAAUGCCUCACUUUCUCUACCUGAUAAUUUAUUAUAAUUUAAUAGUAUUUGCUCACUGGGAAUCCCAAUCCCCAGUCUGGUAGCACCAGCCUACCUAGCAAUGCAAUACAAGCCAAGGGGGUCAGUAUUGUAACUCAAAAGUUUGAAUGUUCCUUUAAGUAAUUCUGUGGCAUUAUCAUCACUGAUCAAUCCACGUGGACACCUUUGACAUAGGGCAGGUUGGGUAGAGCAUGCAAGGAUCAUUCCUUUCCAAAGCGGGAGGAAGAGUGGGGUGAACAGCAGUUUGCUUUGUCGUCUUGCUUUAAUUACAGAAUGGUUUCCAUAAAGCAUGUGCUGAAAACCAGCAAGCAUGCAUGUGUGUAUGGUAUCUCCAUGACAGCAAUCAUCAGCACCACCCCCUGCCAGUUUUCUCUGUGGUGAAGGGAUGGCGAGCACAGAACAAUACCAAUGCUGCAUAGUAAGUUGAGAAGGCAGCCAUAUUGGUGAGGAGGAGGUCUUCAAGGUUUAGGAAUCCAAUUGUUCAACAACAAAUUUGGCCAACGAAUGCUCUUGGGCUGAAUCUUAUGUGAAAGUGCAGAGUGAGGGGAAGUGGGUCAAUGCCAAUGCGGAGGAUCAAAAACAGGGCCAACUCUGAAGCCCGGAAGAAGGAAUGGAAUCUGUGGGCGGAGGGAGGGAGGGGGCAUUCCGAUUCUGAGCACUGACAGGGUUACGACUCUAGAAAUCUUGGGGGAAUGCAUGAAAUGUAUUUGGUAUUCAGUGCAGAGAAGUAGACUAUGGUAAAGGAGAUCACCGAGGCUUAAUCUGAGCCGGGCUCCUGAUAUUCAAAAUAGGUUCAGGUGCUAUAGGCACUGGCAAAAGCCUGGCUCAGAUUAAGCCUCGGUGAUCUCCUUUACCAUAGUCUACUACAUCCUUUACUGGUUUCUAAGAGUGCUUCUGUGAAUGUGCAGAAUGAAUGUCCCUCACCACUGAGUAACUACAGCAGUCUCUUCCCUCUCACCCACAUGAAGGGAGCCCUCUUGGGACUAGGGAAGCUACACCUUUCCACCCUUAGAUGAAAGGGGUGUGGUUUCUAAGUAGCCUUAAACCCAUCCCAGCACCUCUCAUUUUAGAAGUUAAGCCCUGGGUAAAACAAACUAAGUGGAUUGUCCCCUCCUCCACUUCCUUUGGUUUCUUCCUGGGCUUUGUGAACAUGCCUUCCACUUUAGAUUUUGCUGUAGUGGAGGAUUUGGUUCUCUUGGGCUCCUCCUUCAGGCUGAUUUAAUUGGUGUGGGCAUAACUUUUAUGUUCCACACCUCCAAAGAGGAAUGAAAGCCAAAUUCCAAUGUUGAAUUAAUCUGGGCAGCGUCUGUCUCUGGAGUUACACUGAUUUAAAUCUGCUGGAUAUCAGCACUUGGAUCUCCCGCUGUAGUGCCCUGUGUAUGCACUGAUGCUGCAGACAGGGGUUCCUAUGACAUUACUAGCUUCAAGGAGCUGCAGACUGAGGGUAGGGCACACAGCCAAAGACCAUUGAGUCUGGAGCUAACACUUCACCCAAAAUGUGUAGUCUUGAUGGGCUAGGUUGGGAGCUAGGUUGUUUUUUGUUCUUUCUGCUUCUAUCUGCAUAGCAAGAGACAAUCUCCACACAGCAGGACUGAAGCCUGCACUGUGAGCCUUGGUCUCUGGGGUUGUACUGUCUGCUUUUAUUAACCAAGAGGGCUUACCUUUUUAUGUUUGCAAGCCCUGGGCCCACCUCAUUCACCCUCCCACAUCCUUGCAGGUAAACCCUCUUAACUUGCCCAUUUGAAUGAUGCGCGUGUACUUUCUAUUGUAAAUAGCUGUAAAUGGGAAAUGUAACAAAAACCGAGGAUCUGGAGCAUCUGACAAGUAGCUCCUUAUGAUGAAUUCAAGCACAGAGCCAUUUCGCGCCUGUAAUGUGAAAUUCCUGUGGAUAGAACAAGCUAAUAAACACUGGCUUUGUUUUUGAAAUCUCAAGAAUCCUUGACUCCCACUCUUCAAAAUGCCCCCACUUUCCUUCUUCAGGGCUGGGCUCUUUUUGUAUUCCGCUGGUUCAGUUUUAGAUUUCACCCUUUUCUACCAGAAUGGCUCUUUAAAUUGAGCGUGUGAAUAAAAUCUUGUAGCUCA